AUGACGGCGUCUCGAGUUCUGGGUCUCUGCACCCUCCUCCAAGCGCUUGGGGUCACUCACGCUUUUGCACCUGAUUGGACCAUCACCAAAUAUUUCGAAGAAUCUGUAACGACUUUACCAGGAAAUACAGGCCGUUAUGGAACAUAUCCAUCCUCUGAAUACACCGAAACAAUACCCGUUGUACCGACGGUCACGUCACCUACUGCGACAGCCACAGUAACCACCACCGUCUACCCAGAUAUCACCUACAUAGGCUUAGGUCUUGAAUCAGGCCAAGGAACAUCAUCCACCUACGACUACUAUUCAAACUCCAACGCCUACUACGUCUCUCUAACGUAUACCUACCCAUCAAGCUGUUCCUCUAGUGAAAGCCCCAUCACAACUAGCGCUCGAGUUUCAAUCCCAAGAGAGAUCCAGAGCCAGCUCACCCCAACCCAAACAUCAGCCGAGACCGCUUCUGUGGAAUAUCUGGACUCGGUAUCUUAUUAUACCUCUAAGACCUUCUUACUGAACCCAACAGAUCUUCCAUCCGGGGUCUACAGUAGUAUAGAAGCCUACCAUACUCCGUCCGACAUUGAGUACUGCCAUUAUGGAUCUCGCUCAGGCUCUAGCGGCUAUGGUUCAUCCUCGAGCUCUGGAUCCAGCGAUAUCUAUGAUAAUUACUGUGGCAGGGGCUACAGGCCAAAACCAAGGGAAGAACAGGAGGAGUUGGAAAGAAAUUGGAAAUCGAUGUCCUUCGCCGCUAAAUUCACCCUCUGGUUGAAAUAUGGAUUUAGCAGAAGCUAUCCUCCAAUGCUUGGAGCAGCGCCUCCCCUCGCUACCGACCCGCUACCUGCCAGUCAGCCUCGGAUGGCGCAGCUACCUACGGUCCCCGGCGUUAUGCCACCACUUCCUCAGCAAAUAGGCCCGCAACCGCUGCCUCAGCAGACAGACCAACAGGCUGAACAGCAUUUAGACGUCCAACCGCAAGGGCAGCAGCCUGUUCUUCAGUCGACAGAGCAGCAGCCAGUAGCUACACAGAGAGAAUACGAACCGUUACCAGCGAUCAGCCAGGGUGGCAGCACAGGGCUGUUUGAGCACCCAACUCAUGCAGUCUCACCGGUUAAUGAACACGGCUCUCCGAUACCUCCCCAGUCCCAGCUCACUCAACCAUACAACCCGCACGAGCAGCACAUACACGAAGACCAACCACGAGACGUUCCAACUCACUCCACUGAGCUUCCUUCUGGUACGCCUAGAAAUGUUUAA